UUUUUCAAUCACAAACACCAUGUCGCAACCGCCUCUACCUUCAUGUUUUCUCUCUAUUUUCUUCAUCAUCUUGGCUUCAUACUUCUUAGUGAUCAAUGCUCUUGUCUGUCGCCCUGACCAGAUCCAAGCUCUUAUGCAAUUCAAGAACGAGUUUGAAUCCAACGGUUGCAACCGCAGUGACUAUCUCAACGGUGUCAGCUGCGAUAACGCCACUGGUGCAGUCACAAAGCUACAACUCCCAAGCGGUUGUUUCACUGGGAUUCUCAGACCAAACAGUAGCCUCUUUGGAUUAAACCAUCUUCGUUACCUCAAUCUCUCCUACAACAACUUCGCUUCUUCUUCACUCCCUUCUGAAUUCAGCAAUCUCAACAGACUAGAGGUUUUGUCUCUUUCCUUUAAUGGCUUUAUUGGUCAAGUUCCUUCCUCUAUUAGUAGCCUAAUCCAUCUUACCCAUCUAAAUAUUUCCCAUAACGAGUUUACCGGUAGUUUUCCACUUGUAAGGAAUCUAACAAAGCUCUCAUUUCUAGACCUUUCUUUUAAUAAAUUCUCAGGAACCAUACCUUCUGAUUUGCUACUCACUAUGCCCUUUUUGUCUCUUCUUGAUUUGAAAAAGAAUAGCCUCACUGGUACAAUACAGGUUCCAAACUCUCCUUCUUCAUCUAGACUAGUGUUUUUAUCCCUUGGCCAAAACCAAUUUGAAGCGCAAAUCCUUAAGCCUAUCUCAAAGCUCAUCAACCUCAACCAUCUUGAUGUUUCUUCCCUAAACACAACCUACCCAAUUGACUUAAACAUCUUCACAUCUCUCAAAUCUUUGUUGGUGCUUCAUGUUUCUAGAAAUAAGUUAUUACCAGCCAGUCUAAAUGCUUCAGACAUCACAUUUCACUUAGAAAGCUUGGUCAUGCGAGGAUGUGACAUUACCGAGUUCCCAAACAUCUUGAAAACCCUUCAAAACUUGCGGAAUUUAGACCUUUCCAGAAACAGAAUCGAAGGGAAAGUCCCUGAGUGGCUUUGGAAGCUUCCUCGUCUUAGCCAAGUGAAUCUUGCAUACAACUCCAUGACUGGUUUGGAAGGUUCUUCGUCAGAGAUUCUAGUUAAUUCAUCAGUGCAGUUACUGGAUCUUGCAUACAACUCCAUGACAGGAUCGUUCCCUAUUCCACCACCUAAUAUUAUUUACUUGUCAGCGUGGAACAAUAGUUUCACUGGGAACAUACCUCUCCAAGUUUGCAACCGAACCUCUCUCGUUGUGUUUGAUCUGUCCUACAACAAAUUCACCGGUCCGGUACCUCGAUGUUUGAGUAACUUACCGAUAGUGAAUCUCAGGAAGAACGGCUUGGAAGGAAGCAUACCUGAUGAGUUCUAUAGAGGCGCUUUGACACAGACGCUUGACCUUGGCUUCAAUAGACUAACCGGGAAGCUUCCAAGAUCGCUUUUAAACUGCUCAUCUCUGAGGUUUCUAAGUGUUGACAACAACAUAAUCGAAGACACGUUUCCUUUCUGGCUAAAGGCUUUGCCAAAUUUGCAAGUCUUCACUCUCCGCUCAAACAGAUUCUUUGGCCAGCUCUCCCCUCCUGACCAAGUUCCUCUCGCGUUCCCAGAGCUGCGUAUACUUGAACUAUCGGAUAACAGAUUUGAAGGAAGCUUGUCACCAAGUUACUUUGUUAACUGGAAAGCAUCAUUGUUCAAGGUAGAUGAAGAGGGGCGUAUUUACAUGGGAGACUACAAGCAUGCUUACUUUGGAUAUGAGGAUACUUUGGAUUUGCAAUACAAAGGUCUAUUCAUGGAGCAGGGGAAGGUCCUUACUUCCUACAGCACUAUUGAUUUUUCUGGUAACAAACUUGAAGGACAGAUUCCUGAGUCCAUUGGUCUCUUGAAGGCAUUGAUUGCGUUGAACUUAUCGAACAAUGCCUUCACAGGCCACAUUCCUCUGUCUUUGGCAAAUGUUACUGAGCUUGAGUCGCUAGAUCUUUCAAGAAACCAACUCUCUGGGACUAUUCCUAAAGAACUCGGGAGGCUCUCGUUUUUGUCGUAUGUAAGUGUGGCUCAUAACCAAUUAAAUGGUGAAAUACCACAAGGACCACAGUUUAGUGGGCAAGCUGAAUCAUCAUUUGAAGGGAAUGCAGGUCUGUGUGGUCUUCCUCUUCCAAGAAGUUGCUCUGCGCCACCAACACAGCAGCCUAAGGAAGAAGGUGAAGAAAAAGAGGAAGGAGUUUUGAACUGGAAAGCAGUGGUUAUAGGGUAUGGUCCUGGAUUGUUGUUAGGAUUGUUAAUAGCUCACAUUAUUUAUUCAUACAAGCCAAAGUGAUAUGUCAAAGAUAGUUGGUCCGGAUAAGCACAAAUAAUCCAGUUAGAUUGUUUGUCUCUGGAUUCAAUAAUCAUGUAGAACCAGAAACAGUUAUAUGUAAAUAUAGUAUUUUGAUAUGUUGUUAGGUGAUGUAAGAAAGAGGUCUUAAUUGAGUCUCUGUUUGGCUGAUGAAUGUCUCGGUAAAUUUUUGAGAAAGUGACUUUGUCAUAUACA